AUGUGGGAAUUUUCGGUGGGUUUGUACAUGAUCAAAGUGUGGCCUGAAUCUUUACUUCUGGCAGCAGCUUACGGCUUGUCCGAAUCCGCAUCAAUGGCAAUAUUCGGUCCUUUGAUCGGGCGUUGGGUGGAUAGGUUUUCGUACAUUCAGGUUCUCAAAUUUUGGCUGUUGAGCCAAAACCUCUCGUUUAUAAUUGCCGGGAGUGCAGUGAUUGCUAUACUAAUCCAUCCCGAGUUUAUGUCCGCAAAUCGUGUGGCGUUUUUCGCUUUCAUUGUAAUAGUAAAUAUCUCUGGAGCCAUUAGCGUGCUGUCGACUCUAGCUGGAACAAUCAUGGUCGAACGAGAAUGGGUGGUUGUGAUAUCCGAAAGCCAACCUUCAGAAAUUCUUACAAACAUGAACUCGAUGAUACGAAGGAUUGAUCUAAGCUGCAAACUAUUUGCUCCCGUGAUAAGUGGAUUCAUCAUAAGUUUUGUUUCCCUGACAGCAUCGGCUUUUACGCUUGCACUAUGGAAUAUAUUAUCCGUACACUUGCAAUAUCGGCUUUUAAUCUCGGUUUACAAUGGGAUUCCGAGAUUAAGAGAAGCCGAUCAAAAAAGGGCUUUGAGAUUCUCGGUUAGGGAAGUGGAUGAAAACCUUAAAUCCCUUUCGGAACGAAAAAGCUUGAUUUUUUCGGAUGAAAAUGAUCAUGAAAGCAUCUCGAGAGGGACUAUAAUCGAUCGGUUUUUAAAUCUUUCUUAUAUAAAUUCGUGGAGAUUGUAUAUCAAGCAAGACAUCGUUCUGCCAGGACUUGCUCUUGCUCUGCUUUACUUUACCGUGCUUAGCUUUGGGACGUUAAUGACGGCUGCUUUAGAAUGGGAAGGCAUAGAAGCUUACAUUAUUGGGACAAUGCGUGGGAUUAGUGCUACGGUGGGGAUAUUAGCGACUUUCGUGUACCCGAUUAUGGAGUCUCGUAUUUCGACACUUAGGACGGGACUCUGGUCGAUUUGGUCUCAAUGGACUUGUCUCUUGCUAUGCGUGGUCUCGGUUUUCGUCAAGGAGAAGAGGCUCGUUUCGGCAUAUUUGCUUAUGGGAGGAGUGGCUUUGUCACGGCUCGGUUUGUGGAUGUUCGACUUGUCGGUCGUUCAGCAAAUGCAGGAUCAUGUAGCCGAAUCUGAUCGAUGUGUCGUUGGAGGCGUACAAAAUUCGCUCCAAUCCAUGCUCGAUUUGAUGACUUAUGUUAUGGGAUUGCUAAUCUCAAAUCCACAGGAUUUCUGGAAAUUGACAAUUUUGUCAUUCGUGGUGGUGACGUUGGCAGCUGCACUGUACAGUCUCCAUAUUUAUCGUGUCCGAAAGCAUUUACUUCAUUUGGACAAGCUUUUCUCAUUCAUUCAAAGAGCUCCCACGUUAUCUUGA